UUCUACAGCCACAAACGGCCCCACACUGGCACCGGGGCUGGGAACUGUGCACAGCUCAUCACACCUGGAGUCCAAUAACUGUGAAACCACCCGGUAAAUCCGAGCCGUGCCCCGGCAGUGCCCGAGACAGGAAAACCCCGGAUCGCUCCAGCAGGACACGGCUCCUCUCUCCUGCCGGGAAGGCAGAUGGUAACCGGCCUCCGACCAAGCAUGUCUCGGGAUCUCUGCGAGGGAGGAUAAAUCUCUGACCGGUAGGGAAACGCCAGCCCGAGGUAAAGCACAGCCCGAUGGAUCAGGACGAGCGCAUUCCCAGCCCACGGCACGGGAAUGAAGUACGGUGGAGUCACCGGAGCGGGUGAUGGGCUGGCUCCCUGCGACACUGCAGAAGGAAAAGAUGGGGCCUCUGCUGCAGAAAACGCCCCCCCCCAGGUACCACAGGGGAAGCUGGGAGAGCGGAGCUCGCUCUUCUACUCUGCUGGACAGUUCUUCUUCGAGUACCUGGUGGUGGUGUCGCUGAAGAAGAUGCCAGAUGGACACUAUGAACCCAAGAUAACCUACCAGUUCCCAAAGCGUGAGAACUUGCUGAAGGGCCAGAAGGAGGAGGAGGAACGUCUCCUCCAAGCCAUCCCCCUCUUCUGCUUCCCUGAUGGCAACAACUGGGUCCCUGUCACUGAGUUCAGCAGUGAAACCUUUUCUUUUGUCCUGACAAACGUGGAUGGCAGCAGGAAGAUCGGCUACUGCAGGCGGCUGCUGCCAUCUGGGCGUGGUGUCCGGCUCCCUGAGGUUUUCUGCAUCAUCAGCUGCCUGGGCUGCUUUGGGCUCUUCUCCAAGAUCCUGGACGAGGUGGAGAAGAGGCGCCAGAUCUCCAUGGCAGUGAUCUACCCCUUCAUGCAGGGCCUUCGGGAAUCGCCCUUUCCAGCUCCAGGGAAAACUGUCACAGUCAAAAGCUUCAUCCCCGAGUCGGGCACUGAGCUCAUCGAGCUCACACGGCCUGUGGAUGCCCACCUGGAGCACGUGGAGUUCCAGGCUCUGCUCCAGCGACUCAGCCCUCACCUCAUCUUGCACAUCUUCGCCUCUGCCACCCUGGAGCGACGGCUCAUUUUCCUGGCUGAGGAGCUGAGUGUCCUGUCCCAGUGCAUUCACGCCGUGGCUGCUCUCCUGUACCCCUUCACCUGGGCUCACACCUACAUCCCCGUGCUCCCCGAGUGCCUGCUGGACACCGUGUGCUGCCCCACACCCUUCAUGGUUGGCAUCCAGAUGCGGCACCUGCAGCGGGUCCUGGAGCAGCCAAUGGAGGAGGCUCUGAUAGUUGAUCUCUGUGAAGGGAAGAUCAUCCGGGCGGUGGGAGAUGAGGAGGAGAUCCUGCCUGGGAAGCUGCAGAACGAGAUGCUGACGUCUCUGAACAGGCACAACAACAACAACAACGUGCACACCUCGGAGCAGCUGAAUGCCCUGGUGUCAGAAGCCUUCGUGCACUUCUUCGUGCGGCUGCUCGGGCACUACAGCUCCCACAUCAAGUGGGGCAGGAGCGGCUCCGGCAGCUUCCAGGAACGAGCCUUCUGCAAGGCCACUCCCUCCAAGAGCUGCCGCAGAUUCCUGAAGAAGUUUGUGAAGACCAACAUGUUUUCCCUGUUUAUUGAGGAGGCAGAGAAGAGCAGGAUCCCACAGGAAGCGUAUUUCCAGCAGAAAAUAAAAGAUUACCACGAACAGAAGAAGCACCCAAGGGACUCCUGAGGUGCAGCCCGGGAGCAGAGGAGCAGGACUGGGACUGACACGUCCCUGCCAGCAGCACCACACUGGACACUGUUCCUGCCCAGCUGGGCCUCCUGCACUGCCUGGGCAGCCCCACUGAGCACCAGUUCCACCCUUUCUUCCUCAGGGCAUCACUGAACUGGAAAACUCUGCACAGAACUAGUGCCAGGCUGGGAUUUCUUUCCCAGUCGUGGUUGCUCCAGGAACAGACUGUGACUCCCAGUGCUUGGCCCUUCACAGUUCCCCCAGCACCUCACGCAGAGGGAGGGCAGCCAGAGCUGGCUCAGGACAGCAGGGGUUUAGAGUGAUUAUUAGAAGGGGGAAAAAAAGGAAUGAGUAGGAAAUAGCGUUACUUCUCAUUAAAACAAACCAGGGGUGUGUAAAUAAGGAACAUCCCAUUGCACAAUUCCUGAGGUUUUGUUAUUAACAACUGUUUUAUAUUGUUUUAUUGAGCCAUUGUUAAACACCAGCAGGAGCAGGUGGAGGGGGGGCAGUGGUUUCCUCUCUUGCAGCUGCUGCAUCACUGGUGCCACACAGAGCAGAGUUUGGCUAAGGAAACAAAAAUACUCAUUUCCAGCAGGUUAUUUAUUUGUGCUGGAGCAAACUGUGAAGGCAACACGGUGGUGGGGUGUCAAGGGGGAAACAGCCGAUCAACAGCUAUGGGGAGGGAGGGAGGAUUUGUUCCAUCCCAGAGUAAAAUGUGUCACCAUCCUCUUGGGUCUGGUCCUGGUGCCAUCUUCUCUUAAAACCUUGCAGUUCCUCUCUGGAAUGUGAUGC